CGUCAUCAACAAAAGAGUAGCUCCGGACAAGCUCGGAUUACUGAACCGUUGAAGAAAGGCCAAAGAAAUGGCAGCCAUGGCUGCGUUGCAAAGCUCAAUGACCACUCUUUCUCUCUCUUCAAACUCCUUUUUGGGCCAACGUCUCUCAGUUCCUCCUUCACUCUCUCCUCUUACUGUCAAGCCAAGAGAGAAUCCUUGUCUCAUUGUAGUGAAGCUUAAAAGAUGGGAGCGGAAGAAAUGUAAGCCAAACAGCCUUCCAAUUUUACAUAAAAUGCAUGUUAAGGCGGGAGAUACAAUUAAAGUAAUAUCUGGCCGUGAUAAGGGCAAAACUGGGGAGGUAACCAAGAUCUUUAAGCAUAACAGCACCGUUGUAGUGAAAGAUAUAAACCUGAAGACUAAGCAUAUGAAGAGCAGAGAAGAGGGUCAACCUGGACAGAUAAUUAAGAUUGAAGCACCUAUUCACAGCUCAAACGUGAUGCUUUAUUCUAAAGAACAAGAUGUCACUAGCCGGGUGGGUCAUAAAGUGUUAGAUGAUGGAAAAAAGGUUCGCUUCCUCUUAAAGACUGGAGAAAUCAUCGACAGUGAUGAAAACUGGAAGAGACUGAAGGAAGCUGGAAAGGAGAAAACUGAAGUCGCUGCUGCUGCUGCUGCUGCUGCUGCUGCUUCCACCUCUUAGAACCUAACUCAUAACUUCAAAAUUAAUGUGGCUUCUGGAAAAUCUAGAUGUUCCUCAGUUCUCUUCCAUCUUUAUUCUCCAAUUUCUUAUAACACCUUGAAAGGUUGUCAUUGUAAGUCGAUUCUUUGUGGUAUUAGUAAAUAUUACUGUUGAUCUUAUGAUUGUUGUAUGGCAAACCAAUGUGUAGUCUAAAUAUGCAAGUCAUUUCAAUUGUUCUUGCUCCAA